GUCUCUGCUGCCUUUGUUCUACCAGUUAACGAGCCAGGUUGACAAUGCAGAGUCAAACACCACAAAGAAACCAAUUGGCCAACGUCGAAAAAACCGAAGAACUGUUGCUCGAUUUCGGCACAACGCCACCUGAUUCAAGCCCAUUGAGCGAUUUCAUGGCAAGUCCUGCAAUUCAGGAUCUAGAAGGAAUUGACUUUAGAAAUUCCCCUGACUCCGUUGCUGCACGUGGAUCUACUACCCUUGAGUCUACAGAAAGCCCUGAGCAGCGGUCCAACAGACCAAGUAUCGCUGAUUAUCAACGCGAAAUUUCACUCCUCAGUGCCUUGCUGGAGAGCACUACUCUUGGAGAUCUUGGAGAGGAAUUCUGCGAAAGGUUGAAGCAGUGCAAGAAAGAACUUGAAGAACUUUGCCAAGCUCAGCGAAGCGGGAGUUCAGCUGUAAACACGCCUGUUAAGCAUGAAAGGAUCUCAUCCAUCUCUCCACUUGACAGCGCCAGUGUACAACGACUUAGACAGGCAGUUACUGCACCUCCGUUCUACCCCCGCGUCAGCAGUUUCAGUGGAUAUCGCUCUCCGACAAACAGCAUCUCAAGUGAUUCAACAGCACCACCCCCGACACCUGUUCCAAUCCGGCGUGCAGCAAAUCCGAUACGGGUUCCACCUGCUCCAGAUGAGCCGGAAUCGACCACCUCUGAUCACAUCUUUGGUGACCAUUUGCUCCCUGGUAGACGUUCACGUACCACAUCCUUGUUGAGAGAGGUUUCAUCAACGUCACGCACUUCUUCUGAUGAACCUAGCACGACGAAAAUGAGCUUCUCAAUCCCACCUCGCGAAACGGUCCUGAAGAACGUGAAUAUCCCGGUUUUCGAGAGUAAAGCCAAAGCCGAAUCAUCCACUCAGCCGGAGGCGUCCAACAAUGUCCCUUUGCCCCAGACCGUCGAGCCUAAAAGCCGUGAUUGUUCCGCAUCGUCUUCUUCAGGCGUAACCCGGCCAUGAGCACCUUGACGCAGUCCAUACAUGCUGUCCAGCCGCCUGCGAAGACGCACGCGCGGAACGCCUCUUCUUCGCAGAAGACUGAGCCUGUUGCUCGUGUUAGCUCUGCUGCUCGAGAAGCCUCGGUGCCAUCGCAACGUCCGCCC